GAGAGUAGUAUCUGCUAAACCUACGAAUUCCAAUGCGCCGUCAUACGCUAGUGGUUCACCUCCGCGGCUGUACCACUUAUUUUGGAACGUCGUUGCAGAAGUCGCGUUGAAAAUGCGCCUUUUCAGCAGAAGAUACAUUAUACCUGCAAUACACUUUACGUGAAGUGUCACAGAAACUUGGGACCAACGCAAUUCUCGAAGAAGACACUCAUGAGGCGAACAAAUCCCCGACCAAACCCCCAUGAAGAUUCCAGAACCACGCGCGUCAUGGCUCACCUCAAAGACUCUCUCAUUUCUCAACUCAAGAAACUCGACCCUUCGCUUUCCCUCCACUCGCGCCACUCCGCCCUCAUCGAACGCCGCCUCCGCGACCUUUUUCCCGCGUUCCACACCCCCACGCACCCUCCAUAUGCCUUGAUGAUACGUAGUGCGAUAUUAGGGUUGGAGGAUGGGUCGGGGUCGACGGAGGAGGCGAUAUCGGAGUACAUUAAGAGGGAGUACAGUGAUUUACCGUGGGCUCAUGCCAGGAUUCUAGGUCUGCAAUUAGAGAAUCUUUGUGAGAUAGGGGAGAUUGCGCGCGUUUCCGGUUGGAGGUAUGUGCUGAAGGUUGAGGAUGAAGUGAAGGAACAAUGUGAGGGUAGCGAGAAGAAGAAUAAGAGGGGCAAACGGAGAAGUAAUAAACGUGGCGAGACAGGGAGUGCUGAAGAAGAAUGCAAAAAGGGACGGGUACUAGGGCUUGGAAAACAAAUUCAACAACACCAGGAAGUAGAACCGCAAAGGGGUUUAGUAGAGUCACAAAAUCAGGAUUCCAGUGUGCAUUUGGAAACAACUUGUUCCUCCCAGCCAACAUCAUUGGAGUGCAUACCAGCAGCUGCAAACCCGUUAUCACCUGCACAAUUGCAACAGCAAAGGCCUUGUAAUGGGACUUCAGAAAGUAAUUUGGAUACAGUAGACAAGAUUUCGGGUUCAUUAUCUUUGAAUGUUGAGGUAUGCAAGGAAGAUACGACACUGAUGACUGUGCAUCAUCAUCAAUCCAAAGAGAGGGAGCCUAGUGGGUUUAAGCAAAUUGCAGAUCACGAGGGGAAGUCGUUGUUGCCCUCAUGUGAUACUACUGUUGCCGAGCAAGGGCCAAAUGAAGAGAAAACUGAUGAAAGGUGCCCGUCACAAACCCAAGGUCAAGCUACAACUGGAGGAAGGGGUCGUAGGCUACACAGAAAUGCCAAUUGCUGCAAUCAGAGGAUACACCUACAUGAUCAAGCUGAACAUCUAAUGUGUUCUUCACAUUCAAACCAAAAAGAAUCUAGAGAAGCACCUAAUUUUCCUGUUAAUCCAUCGCACAAUUUUGGUCAGCAAUAUUCGGUUCCUACUUCACAAGGGUAUCUGGAGGGCACAAUAUCAGCAGAAAUAAAAUUACCUCCAACACAGGUGCAACAUGAAGUUUCUUCAGAUAUUGAUUUAGGUAGAUUGUCCAGAAUAAAAGCUUCAUCAACUUUAGGAAAUGUUCACGAUGAUCAACCCCAGCAUUACAGUGAAGGAAGUUCUAAAGGGAACCUAGACGAGGGUCCUAUGACCUGGGAUAAUGACCAGAGGCCUCCAAAACGUGGGAGAGGAAGGCCUCGAAAGUUCCAGACUGUAGCAAAUUGUGCAGUAGGGACAUUGUUGCCUUCAGAUGAUGGCAAUCUUCACGAACAUAAACCAAAUAUAAACGAAAUGGAGAAGCAGGAUCAGUAUGGCGGGGGUAGAGGUUUAGGGAGAUUUGGUCGAGGUAGAGGUAGAGGUAGGGGCAGAUCUCCUACACUAAAUAGAAAAGCUAAUCAAUUUGACGAGCAAUUACAACAAGGACAAUCUAAGCAGCUUGGUCGAGGUAGAGGCAGAGGUCGUCGUGGCAGGCCACCAAAACCGAAUGAAAAUCCAAUCCAAUAUGAAAAGCAACCACAACAAGAAGAUCAACAUCAGCAGCACCGUCGAGGAAGGGGGAGGCCCCCUAAACGGAACAUAAUCGAUUAUGAGGCACAAUUAUCAGAAGUUCAAGCUAAAGAACAGCAUGUUCGAGCUAGAGGCCGUGGAAGGCCUCCUAAACCAAAUCAACAUGCAAAUCAGUUUGAGGACCAAUUGCAAUCUCCUAGUUCAGGGAGGAAUGAUAACCAAAGUUUGGAGCAGAAGCAGUUCAGUGUACAAAGUCCGGUAAGGCGUCAUGAAUCAGAGUCAGGAGAGGCAAAGUCACCUGCAAAAUUAAGGCAGGAAUUGGAAUCAAAGUAUGGGUCGGGUGAGGUUUCCCGGUCAAACGUUGAAGAAAAUGAUAACCCAUGGCGUUUAAUGCCAGUACAACGUAAAGUUCAAGGUAUUGAUGGAUGCUGGCCACUUAGGCAAAAUCAGAAAUAGAAUCGAGUUAUCAGUACUUGGAAUACAAGCAUGACAAUAUCAGGACAGGGUCUCCUAAUUCACUUUGCAGGUUUAUGGAAGCAUAAAAAACCCGGUUAAUUUAAAACCACUCAUGAUAACCUUCUGGGUCUGUCGGGAAAAGUUGCUCUAGCUGAUCCUUUUUCUCAGUAGGUAUAUUUUGUUAAAUGCAAGUCUGAUAGAUUCUUGUAGCUCUUCGUGUCUUUUCUCUUGGUAUUGAUGGUGAAAGUAAUAUUUUCAAACAUUCUGUCUCCAUAUUAUGUCAAACAUUCUUGGCUUUUGGAUUAACCAACCAUCAUUGGAAUUCGGAGCUCU